GUGUAAAUACACCAAUAAUCGUUAAAGCCUUUUUUACAUCAAAAUCAUCCGAACAGUUCUCUUUUGACUUCGAGUGUGAGUAAAAGUAAUUUUUUUCUCCUAAAGCAUAAUGGGUGUUCCAGCCGGUGACGUUGAAAAAGGAAAGAAAGCAUUCGUUCAACGAUGCUCGCAAUGCCAUACCAUCGAAAAAGGCGGCAAACACAAGGUCGGACCCAACUUGCACGGAUUAUACGGCAGAAAAACUGGCCAAGCCGCCGGCUAUUCUUACACCGAUGCAAACAAAAACAAAGCCAUUACAUGGAAUGAGGACACUCUAUUCGAAUACCUCGAAAACCCAAAGAAAUAUAUUCCUGGUACUAAGAUGGUGUUUGCCGGUUUGAAGAAGCCACAAGAACGAGCAGAUCUGAUUGCAUACAUUAAGGAAGCAUCGCAAUCAUAAAUUUAAUGCUGAUCAUGGGAUUUAGAGUAAAGUUACCGAUUGAAAUCAUGCAUAAAUGGUACAUAUUUAACAAAAAAAUUUGAAGUAUUUUCUGUUUGACCACAACAAAAUCUCUCUGUUUCGAACAUAAACCCAGUUUACUGUAAAUCCGUUUGAAUAGUCAAAACAGGCACAUUAAAUUUCUAUAGUUUAUUUAAACAAAUUAGACAUCAGCCAUAGAAAUAUUUAUUGUAAUUUAACUGUAUCAAUAAAUUGACUGCAAUCAUAAAGUUAGAAAA